AUGAUACUCGCAAUAUCAGCACAAGCCCGAUUUGUCAUGUACGCAGACGAAUGGCACCCAACGCGUCCAACCAACCCACGAGAUCGAGCUGGCAUCGACCAUGUCAUCCUCGCCUUUGCCCCAGCCAACGCAACAGCUACGUUCCAGCCCAAAGUUCCCAUACACACCAUCCGCACCGAAUUCCCCAACGCAAAGGUCAUGAUUGCUGUUGGCGGCUGGGGCGAUACGGUUGGUUUCUGUCAAGCCACGAAGUCCGACGCAUCGAUGCUCGCGUUUGCCGCUGAUGUUGCUACUAUGCUUGCCAGGACUGGAGCGGAUGGAGUCGAAGACAUCGAUUGGGAAUAUCCUGGCGGCAACGGGGCGGACUACAAACAAGUGGCGAACUGGGAUCAGACUUACCAGAUCGCCGCGUUCCCUAAGUUACUGGCUGCCAUCCGUGCUGCUAUUGGGAAGAAACUGCUUUCGAUUGCUGUCCCAGGAAAAGAAGGCCAGUCAUCAUAUACAUGUUUGAAGCAAGUCAACUGA